AAAAAAGCUAUAAAAAAGAACAUGGAGAAGCAAAACGACGUUGUGGUAAGAUUAGCAAAACACGUCAUCGAUACCGUCGCUGACGGCUCCAACCUCGUCUUCUCACCAACGUCAAUCAAUGUUUUGCUCAGCAUCAUUGCCGCUGGUUCGUGUGCCGCCACCAAAGAACAAAUCCUCUCCUUCCUCAUGUCACCAUCAACAGAGCACCUCAACACUGUCUUGACAGAGAUAGUAUCGGUUGCCUUAGCCGAUGGCAGCGAGAGAAAUGACUUGAGCUUAUCUACAGCUAAUGGUGCCUGGAUUGACAAAUCUCUACCCUUGAAGCUUUCCUUUAAAGAGCUUUUGGAGAACCCCUACAAGGCUACUUGCAGCCAGGUUGACUUCUUUAACAAGCCUGCGGAUGUAAUUGAUGAAGUGAAUACGUGGUGUGAAGAUCACACCAGUGGACUCAUCAAGCAGAUUCUUCCAAAGGAUUCCAUUGAGGAUAUCCGUCAAAGCACACUAAUACUUGCAAAUGCAGUGUACUUCAAAGGAGCUUGGAGCGAAAAGUUCGAUGCAAGGUUUACAAAAGAUAAUGAUUUUCACCUUCUUGAUGGCACCUCUGUGAAAGUCCCCUUUAUGACCAGCCAUAAGGACCAAUACCUAAGACGCUAUGAUGGUUUCCAAGUUGUGCGCCUCCCUUAUGUAGAGGAUCAACGACAAUUCUCCAUGUACAUUUAUCUUCCUGAUGCUACCGACGGAUUGCCUACUCUCCUUGAGAAAAUAGGCUCCGAACCAGGAUUUCUUGAUAACCAUAUUCCAGACUACCAAAUAGAAUUGGAUGCUUUUAGAAUUCCAAAGUUUAAGUUUACUUUCGAUUUCAAAGCGUCAGAUGUUUUGGAGGAUAUGGGGUUAACUUGCCCGUUUGAGUCUACUGGAGGCGGUCUAACUGAGAUGGUUGAUUCACCUAUUGUCGGUGCGAAGUUGUAUGUCUCAAACAUUCUUCAUAAAGCGUGCAUUGAGGUGGAUGAAGAGGGAACUGAAGCUGCAGCCGUUUCUGUUGGUGUCAUACGACUCAUGUGUUUGAGGAAAAAUCCAGAUUUUGUCGCUGACCAUCCAUUUCUUUUUACGGUAAGAGAAGACAAGAGUGGAGUGAUUUUGUUCAUGGGUCAAGUUCUUGAUCCCUCAAAACAUUGAUUCAAUUGCUGGUGGCGUGGGAGAAAACAUUAAGCCAAUAAUAUGUUUUAUUCUAUAUAUGUUGUUGUAUGUAUUAUUUGUGAUGAAAUUGGGUUUGUAAAGCUAACAACUGAA